AUGGAAAUAGUAUUUACUCAAAAACAUACAAAUCAAUAUGGAAUUGAUAUACCUGAAAAGUUUAAUGUAAUUGGAAAAUAUUGUUUUCAAAAAUGUUAUGAUUUUGUUGAUUUUGAUAUUCCAACACAUAUUACUAGAUUAGAGGAUAAUUGUUUUUAUGAAUGUACAUCAUUAAUAUCAAUUAGUAUACCUACAUCAAUUAGUAAAUUACCUUUUGGUUGUUUUUAUGAAUGUUCAUCAUUAACAUCAAUUAAUAUACCAACAUCAAUUAGUAAAAUAGGAUAUCGAUGUUUUAGAUUUUGUUCAUCAUUAAAAUCAAUUAAUGUACCAUCGUCUGUUAGUGAAUUACCUGCUUAUUGUUUUUUAUGUUGUAGAGCAUUAAAAUCAAUUAAUAUUCCAUCAUCAGUUAGGGAAAUAGGAUGGAAUUGUUUUUGUGGAUGUUAUUCAUUAACAUCAAUUACUAUUCCAUCAUCAAUUAGUAUAUUAGGAAGUGAUUGUUUUAGUGAAUGUUCAUCAUUAACAUCUAUUAAUAUACCAUCAUCAAUUAGUGAAUUAGGAAAUUAUUGUUUUAAAGAAUGUAAAUCAUUAAAAUCAAUUAACAUACCAACAUCAGUUAAGACAUUAGGAUAUGGAUGUUUUAAAGAUUGUAAAUCAUUAACUAGAAUUAAUAUACCAACAAGUGUUAGUAAUAUAGGAAAUGAAUGUUUUAGUGGAUGUACAUCACUAACAACAAUUAAUAUACCAACAACAGUUAGUAAAAUAGGAUAUGGAUGUUUUAAUGAAUGUUCAUCACUAACAUCAAUUAAUAUUCCAUCAUCAGUUAAGACAUUAGGAGAUGGAUGUUUUUGUGGAUGUAAAUCAUUAACAUCAAUUAAUAUACCAACAAACAUCAGUGAGUUCAGAAAAAAUUGUUUUAAUAUGUGUGUGUCAUUAACAUCAAUUAACAUACCAAGUAUAUUAACAUCAAUUGGUGCACAAUGUUUCAUUGAUUGUAAAUCAUUAACAAGAUUGGACAUAUCAACAUCAGUUCAAAUAAUAGGAGAAGAGUGUUUUAGAAGAUGUACGUCAUUAAAAUCAAUUAAUGUUCCAUCAUCAAUUAGUGUAUUAGGAAAAAGUUGUUUUAGUGGAUGUUAUUCAUUAACAUCAAUUACUAUUCCAUCAUCAAUUAGUGUGUUAGGCCCUCACUGUUUAGACGCAUGUAAAUCGUUAAGUAAUAUUGAAUUACCAACAAGUAUUAAAGGAAUAGGAGAUUGUUGUUUUGUAGCAUGUUAUAAAUUAAAAUCAAUUAAUAUACCAUCAUCAAUUAGUAAAAUAGGAAUUGCUUGUUUUAAAAAGUGUUUUUCAUUAACAAAAAUUAAUAUACCAACAUCAAUUAGUGAAUUAGGAAAUGAAUGUUUUAAUGAAUGUAAAUCAUUAAAAUCAAUUAAUAUACCAACAUCAGUUAAGAUAUUAGGAGAUGGAUGUUUUAAAGAUUGUCAUUCAUUAAAAUCAAUUAAUAUACCAAUAAGUGUUAGUAAAAUAGGAAAUGAAUGUUUUAGUGGAUGUUCAUCAUUAAAUUAUAUCAAUAUCCCAAGAAAAGUUAGAAGAUUAGAAAAGAACUGUUUUAAUGGAUGUUUAUCAUUAAGUGAUAUUGAUAUUCCAACAACAAUAAGUGAAAUAGGAUAUGGAUGUUUUUAUGGAUGUCCAACAGAAUUAAAAAAGAAUAAAACAUUAAAGAAAAUGUAUUAUCGAAAAUAUUAUGAUGAUGAUGAUUGUAUCAUUGUUUAA